AUGGCUAGAGAGGAUGGCAGAAACGGCUGGCUGGAGGGAGAAGGACGAGAGUUUCAUCGUUCAAGCUCUGGUUAUGGUGCAAGUCGGAUUGCUCAGGGAGGGAACACGGUGAGGCUUGGAGGAGUUUUGAAGGAAGGAGAUGUGAAUUGCAGUGGAGGAAUUGGGAAGGAAGAGGCUCGGAUUGCUCAUGGAAGGAAUAAGGUGAUGAUUAAUGGAGGUGAUGUGAAAAUGGAUUUUUAUCAAAAGGAAGGAGAUGCAGAGCCUGUAGUGCGUGAUGCGGAUAACAAUGGCGGUGGUUUUUCGGGAUCCGCUCUUAAACGGUACGUCUCUUUUUACUUUACAAAUUUCCCAGCACAAAUGUCGAAUUUUUAUCUGAGAAAGGGCUUCGAAGUAUGUGGUGUGCUGGAGGAUGUGUUUGUCGCGAAAAAAAGAAAUAGAUAUGGUCAACCUUAUGGAUUUGUCAAAUUUUCCAAUGUUAAAAAUGAGAAGCAUAAGGAUGGUCUGGAAAAAGGCGAUAAGGUGCAGCAGCCGAAAGCAGGGAAGCAAAGCUCGUUGAGGCAUGCUGCACCCAAAGGAAGCGUAAACGGCUUGAAGACGCCGAGACAAAAUUCUAACUGUGCUGGAGCUGUAGUUUCAAGGGCGGAAAAGGAAGGUAUUGAUCCCCCGGAAGGUAUGCAGGUGGGGGACAUAGUUAUCAAGUUAGGGGCUAGGAAGGAGGAUUUAGUCCAAAAGGCUGAUACAACAAAGGUGGUAGCGAGGACUUCGUACAAGUUAGAACAGCCAGUUGAUGUUGUAAAGAAGCGUCAAGUCUUGAUGCGAAGUUAUCAUUCUAAACCUGACGAUUCUAAGUGGGCUAUCAAUGGGGUAGUGGCUACAAUUUCCAACGGAGAGGCGAUUCAUGUGGUCCAGAACAGGAUUAUGGAUGCGGGCUUUAGUGAUCUGGUUCUCAUUCCUAUGGGUGCCGAUAAGGUUUUUGUUCGUAGCUCAGAUAAUAUCGACGCUAAGUCCAUGAUCAAUAAUGCUAAGAAUUUUUUCAAACUUGUUUUUUCGAGUUGGACAACAUGGGAUAAGGAGACUUCACCCUAUCGGAGAGGGGCCUGGGUGCGUUUGUAUGGUGUUCCCCUUCAUGCUUGGAACGAGCAAUUUUUUCAGUUGUGUGUUUUUGAAUGUGGAGGGUUUCUUCGCACGGAUUCUUGUUCCGCUGAAAAGAAUCGACUUGACUUCGCGCGGGUUCUGAUCGCUACACCCGAACUGGACAUAAUCAAAAGAAGUGUGACAGUCUUGGUUGAUGGUACUCAAGUAGAGAUCAAGAUUGUGGAGGAGUGGGGGUAUGCUAUGGGAGAGGAUGCUUGCCUCUUUGAAGAUGAGAGUGAGGCAGAAUCAUCUUGUGGUGAAGGUCAAGAGGAUCCGGAGGUCCUUCGCAAUGUUGACGAACUAGUUAACCAAUUUAAGGAACGACUUGCGGAGGAGGAUCUUAAUGUUGUUCAAGGUAAGCAGGGGGAAGAGUCUUCAGAUAAGAUUGAAGCUAUUCCAGGUUCCAAGGGAGUUGGGACAAAUUCAGGUUUAAGGAUGGAUCCUCAGGAAGUGUUAGGAACUCAAGCUGGUCAGGCAGAGGUGUAUUCCUCUUCGGGGAAAGCUUCGGAUCAUCCUUUUUGUCGGCCCCUUCUUAGUAAGCGCACUAAUUCUUGUCCUCCGGAGGUGAGGCGAUCCGUAUUAUCUGGGCCUUGGAGUUUGGAGUGGUUACAGGAUCAGAAUUUUGGGGAUGCGGGAGUCAUUUUUUCAGCAAGUAAGAAAAAUAGAAAGGAGAGUCCUCACGGAUCGAGCCUCAAGCGAAAAGUGGAUCAAGAUCCGAGGAGGCGGAAAGCAGGAGGUGUGCUUCGUCAUCCAGUCCAUAGCCUCAAAAAAGUGGCUAGGCUGCCAAGUAAGGAGCGCUGUGAGGUGUUAAAGGCUUUAAAGAAGAAGGUUCGUCGGCGCAGGGGCGGAGAUGGGCUUAAUCGCUCCUGUUCUAUGAGUUGUCAUGUUCCCUCUGGAGAUACAGUUUCGUCGGGUUCUGUAAACAAUGAUUGGACAAAUUGGGUGGCUGUUCAUGGUAAUGACCAGAUGGCGGUGGAUGAUGUGUGGGGGAUUGGGAAAGCUAUCGGGGUCAAGUUCAAGGGAGACAAUGUGAAUAUGUUCAAUAUUCUUUCGAGGGCGAGUAAGGGCAAGAGGGCGGUUUCAGGGAUAAAGGCCGAAGCGGGGGGGUCAAGGAAGGAUAACGGAGGGCUAGGAGGCCCUGAGAAGCGGAAGGAAGUGCGUCAGAUGGUGGGGGAGUUGAAACCUUUCAUUCUGUGUAUUCAAGAAACGAAGUUGCAAAAUUGUGAUACUUUUCUUAGCUCGACUCUUUGGGGUAGCUCCUCGCACGGUUUUUCUUAUCGACCAUCGGUUGGGGCCUCUGGAGGGCUUAUAACUUUGUGGGAUUCUUCUGAGGUGGAGGUGUGGUCGACGGAGAGCCGGGAGCAUGUGUUGUGGUGUCAUGGUCGGUUCUCUAAGACAGGAGAAGAAUUUUAUGUGGCAAAUGUUUAUGCGCCCUGUGAUGAUGGGGCUAAGCAAGGAUUGUGGGAAUCUCUUUCGGCUCGGCUCCUCUUGCUGGCGGGGAAGAGGGUGUGUGUGUGUGGGGACUUUAACGCGGUCAAACACAUUGAUGAAAGACGAUCGUUUACAUGGUUCAAAGGGGAUGGUCACUCGAUGAGCCGUCUUGAUAGGUUUCUUCUUUCCGAGGAGUGGUGUUUGAAUUGGCCUAACUGUAAGCAACUGGCCAAAAUGAGAGGGUUGUCUGAUCAUUGUCCUCUGGUCUUGUCUGCGAAUGAGGAAGAUUGGGGGCCAAGACCAUCGCGGAUGCUUAAGUGUUGGAAGGAUAUACCUGGGUACACAUUGUUUGUCAGAGAUAAGUGGAAUUCGUUCCAAGUCGAUGGUUGGGGUGGUUACGUUAUAAAGGAAAAACUUAAGAUGAUUAAGGUGGCUUUAAAAGAUUGGCACAAGACUCAUGCUCAAAAUCUUCCUAGUCGUAUAGAUAAUUUGAAGAUCAGGCUUUCAGCUCUUGAUGAGAAGGGGGGGGAAGAUGAUCUUUCUGAGGAGGAUCUUGUUGAGCUUCUGUGGCUCAAGGAAGGGGAUGCCAAUUCUAAGUAUUUCCAUUCAGUUUUGGCGAGUCGUCGUCGAAGGAAUUCUUUGUCAGUCAUUCAGGUAGAUGGGGUUAUGUUGGAGGGCGUUAAUCCUAUUAGGCAGGCGGUGUUUUCGCAUUUUGAGUCUCAUUUUCAGGCUCCUAAUGUGGAAAGACCCGGGGUUGACGACCUUCAGUUCAAGAGGUUAAAUCCGGUGGAGAUUGGUGGCUUAACCAAACCUUUUUCGGAGGCUGAGGUGAAGUUAGCUGUGUGGGAUUGCGAUAGUUAUAAAAGCCCAGGCCCUGAUGGCAUUAAUUUUGGCUUUAUUAAAGAUUUCUGGGCUGAGCUUCGAGGCGAUGUGAUGCGCUUUAUUUCUGAUUUCCAUCGGAAUGGUAGGUUGACGAAAGGUAUCAACUCGACUUUCAUUGCUCUGAUCCCCAAAACGGAUAGUCCUCAGAGGCUGAGUGAUUUUCGCCCUAUUUCGCUUGUCGGAAGCCUCUAUAAAAUCUUGGCGAAGGUUUUAGCUAAUAGGUUGCGUCAAGUGAUUGGUAGUGUUAUUUCUGAGUCCCAGACUGCGUUCGUGAAGAACAGGCAAAUUCUUGAUGGUAUUCUCAUUGCUAAUGAGGUGGUGGAUGAGGCGCGGAAAUUUAAAAAGGAUCUUUUGUUAUUCAAGGUGGAUUUUGAGAAAGCUUAUGAUUCGGUAGAUUGGGGAUAUCUUGAUGCCGUUAUGGGGAGAAUGGCAUUUCCGAAUUUGUGUCCGACUGAUGAAUUCCCUCUUAGGCGGGGGCUUAGGCAGGGUGAUCCGCUUUCUCCUUUCCUUUUUCUUCUGGCGGCUGAGGGCCUUAAUGUGCUUAUGGAGGCUAUGGUGGCUCGUAAUUUGUUUACGGGUUAUAGUAUUGGUGGACAGGGGUCAGUGUCAGUGUCGCAUCUUCAAUUUGCUGAUGAUACUCUCUUGAUGGGGACAAAAAGUUGGGCAAAUGUCCGGGCUUUGAGGGCUGUUUUAGUGCUUUUUGAGACUAUGUCUGGAUUGAAGGUUAAUUUUAAUAAAAGUAUGUUGGUUGGCGUGAAUAUCCCUGAGUCCUGGUUAUGCGAAGCUGCGUCUACUCUGUGUUGUAAAGUGGGAAAGAUCCCUUUCCUUUAUCUGGGUCUUCAGAUCGGGGGUGAUCCGCGUCGUUUGGUGUUUUGGGAUCAGAUAUUGACUCGUUUAAAGAAUAGAUUGUCUGGAUGGAAGAGUCGCUUUUUGUCUUUUGGUGGUCGUCUGGAGUCUAGAAAAAUCUCUUGGGUUAGUUGGAAAUCUGUUUGUUUGCGUAAGGAGUAUGGAGGUUUGGGGGUUAGACAGUUGCGUGAGUUCAACAUAGCGUUGUUGGGCAAGUGGUGCUGGAGGAUGCUGGUGGACAGAGAGGGACUGUGGUUUAGAGUGCUGGUAGCUAGGUAUGGGCUUGAGGGAGGUAGUCUUCGAGCGGGAGGUCAGAGAGGAUCGGUGUGGUGGAGGGAGUUAGUGCGUAUCCGGGAGGGUGAUGGUGAGAUAGGAGGCAGUUGGUUUAGGGAGCAAGUUUCGAGGAGGGUGGGGGAUGGGACGGAUACUCUUUUUUGGACCGACCCUUGGUUGGAUGGGAUUUCGUUGAGGGAGCGGUUUGGGCGCCUUUUUGAGUUGGCUGUGACCAAAUCUCUUUCGGUUGCAGAGAUGUUUGCUUUAGGUUGGGGGGCAGAAGGGGGGGCGUGGGAGUGGCGGAGGCGGUUGUGGGCGUGGGAGGAGGAGAUGUUGGGGGAGUGUCAGUCUUUACUUCUUGACAUUUCUUUGCAGGAUCAGGCUAUUGACAGAUGGCAUUGGAGGAUUGACCCAGAUUCAGGUUAUACGGUCGGGGGAGUUUAUCAGCUUCUGACGUCUCAGGAGUCCGUCACUUUGGAGGAUGCGGACAACCUUAUAUGGCACUCUCAGGUUCCCUUGAAGGUCUCCAUCUUUGCGUGGCGUUUGUUGCGGGACAGGUUGCCCACGAGAGCAAAUCUGGUUACUCGUGGCGUUUUGUCUUCUACGGUUGCCACUUGUGUUUUUGGAUGUGGAGCGGCUGAGUCGGCCCAUCAUUUAUUUCUCUCCUGCAGUAUUGCUGGAUCGCUUUGGGAUUUAGUUCGUGCAUGGAUUGGCAUUUCUUUGGUGGAUUUCACGUCUCUGCGUGACCAUUUUGUUCAGUUUACGGCUUCAUUAGGUGUAUCUCGAGCGCGACGGUCCUUUUUGCAGCUAGUUUGGCUCGCUUGUGUUUGGGUGUUAUGGACAGAGAGAAAUCAUCGGUUGUUCAAAGGUUCAACGGGCACACCUCAUAUUUUAUUGGACAAGAUCAAACUUUUCUCUUUUCGGUGGUUGAAGACGACGAACAUCACGUUAGCUUUAAACUACCAUAGUUGGUGGUCUAGUCCAUUGUUGUGUUUGGGCCUUGUAUGAUUUUAUUUUAAUUGUAUCUCUCUGACUCUCUUGUAAUUAUUUAGUCUUCCUCGGUACGUCUUGUGCAGGGGAGGCUGUUUUGUGUUAAUAUAUAUCAU